CAAGCCAAAGAUUAAGAGCACGCCAAAAUCAAGUCAUUUCUUAGGCCUUCUUUGAGCCAGACUUUUGUUAUAAUUGUACAACUUGAAUUGAAACUGAAAAAAGUAACCAUGCAGUUUGAAGACGCUUUUCACGAGGCCGGGACUUUUGGCAAAGCCCAAAAAUGGAUUCUGUUUACCAGCAUUAUCAUACAUUGCUUUUCUGGCUGGCCUUUUAUGGUGCCAUUUUUAAACUCUGACGAAGUUGAAUUCACAUGCGUGACUGAAAAAAUCUCCGAGCCACCAAUUCUCGACAGGAAGAUUUCACCUAGCAGUACAACGAACGUUAGUUCUGUGAAAACCCAUGACGUAUCUGACCAGAAAGAAGUACAAGAAGAUAAAAGCAAAGGCCACGACAAAGAACUUACUUCCAGCUUUUUUACUGUACUGUAUCCCCGGGAACCUAAAAUUGCAACAACUGAACCAGUAAUUCCUGAUGAAAAUGCACCACAAUGCUGCGGAACCAAAAAAUACAAAAAGGAGCCAUCCAAUUCCAUUUUAUCAUCUUUCGAUUUUGAUUGUGAACCUUAUGCAGAUGUUUUCAAGAUAUUAGUCAAAUAUGCUUUUCUUGUUGGCUUCAUACUUAGUUGCUUCUUUACGGGCAUUUUUGCAGACUUACUCGGUCGAAAAACACUCUUAAUUCCCAGUAUUUUAUUCUCUUUAUGUUGUUCAAUUGGCCUUAUCUUUGCCCCUAAGAUCAAAAUUUACAUUCUAUGUCAGAUCUUAUUCGGUUUCUUCCAAUAUCCAAUGCUCUCUCAAAGUUUGCUGCUCUCAAUUGAAUCAUGCACUCCAAAACAUGCAGCCCGAAUCGCUGUCACCCUCGUGACAUUUUCGACUUGCGGAUUUCUGGGCGCUGCUUUAUCUUCAGCCUACAUACCCUCGUGGAAAAAUCAAGUUCUGGUUAUGAUAGGCCUACAAUCUCUGAUUCUAGUUCUCGUAUUUUUGAAAGUCUACGAAAGCGCACGGUGGCUUUUCUACAUCGGAGACCACAAGAAUGCCGAGAGUCUAUUGAGGUCUAUCGCCUCUGUAAAUGGAAAAACGGCUGGACGGAUCCAACUUACCGGAAGACCUCACAAUCUCGGAACCCAGUACAAGGAAGAUAUGUUUCAAGGCGACGAAGAUGAACUCAUUUCUGACGAAGAACUAGAACUAGACUCAGCUUCUAUGCUGGACUCUAAAACUGUCAAAGUCCAUACCACUUCCGGCAACUGUUUUCGACUGUGCGGGACAUUUCGAACUACAAUGCUUAUUAUUUUCAACAUGCUCGCCUGGGUUUCAUGUUUCUUUCCUAUGUUCCACUUUGCAGUCAUUUACCAAACUGCAAUCGAAAGUCGAAUCAAAUUCAUCGUCUUUCUUUCCUUGAUUAAACUGAGCAGUUGGUACAUCAGUCUGGUUAUAAAUGCUGUUGGAAGAAAAUACCCUUUAUUGGCUCUCACUUUCGUCGCCAUGCUAUUGCACGUUUUUCUGACCUUCAUGCAACCUCACCUUUUACCGUUUUCGAUUUGGUUCCUAGCAGUUUUUGGACUUGAAUUUACGUUUAGUGCUCAAAACAUUCUUGUAAUCUACAGCUGUGAGAUCCUGCCCACUCAAUUCCGAAGUACUGGACUUGGAUUCUUUGUCGGUUUCAGUCAGAUAUCUAUCUGGGGCAUACCUCUUCUUUCCAUAUAUGGAUACCAAAUGGACGCUAUGCUGACAAUCGCAAUUACUAUAGGUCUAACAUUAGCUUCAAUACUCUUGGGCUUCAUCUUUGGACUUGAAACUGUUAAAAAUUACAUGCCGCAAACAAUUGACCAGUUCUAUCAGAUGAGUAAAAGUCAAAGAAAGCCAAAAACGGACUUAGAUAGAGCCUAACACCAAACCAUUUUGUAAAUUUAUUUCAAAAACAUACUGGAUUGAAUCUCUACCCAUUUAACGCUCUUCAUAAUUGUAAUUUCCGCUUUCCAAA